AUGGAUAGAAAUGAAUGUGAAUUGCUGCCAACCACAGUCUCAAGUGUCACUAUGGUGGGUGAAAGGCCUUGCCCUUGCUAUAUUACUUUAACAUUCAGAACGCCAGGGCCACUAGAAUACAUUGUUUUCCAAAAUCAUUAUACCGCCUCCAUUUCAAUAAAACAAAAACAAAAUGAACUCUGAAGAACAAUCCUCCACGACUUCAAGCUAACCCAAUGGCCUCAUUUUGAAAACGACUCUCAAAACUGGUGCAUAAUUCCCUCCCAUUUCUUCAAUACAAAUUAUGACCCUUCCUCCCUCACUGAAUUUCGUAUUUAUUUAACCCAGCCAAGUCCUAACUGAAAAGAAUUUUCUCUAAAAAACAUCAGUUGCUACACAAUCUUACAAAAACCCAAAAAAUUGAGCAGAGAGUCCAGAACUCCUUUUGCAGAGUUUAAAGCCAAAAUUCAAGAAAAAUUAGACGUUUUGAAUUCGACGUCAGGGACUGAAAUGCUGACAUAUGACGAAACCCUCAUAGGGAUUUCAGAAGUAAACCGUCUUGAAGCUACCCAAAUGUAA